AAACGGUGUAUUAUUCACACGAAACUUUAUUUCAUCAUCACUCACCGAAAACGAACCUCCCAAGAAACUUCCUAGUUACACUUUUCUUCACAUAUAUACGCACAAACUAUAUCCAUUUUCUUGAUCAUUCUUGAAAAACCCUUUUUAAUUUGCUGAAUAUCUUGCAGUUCUAUAUUCUGGGUUUUGUGAGUUUUGAGUUGGAAUGAGUAAUAAUAUUGAUGCUGAUAUGCAGAUAGAAUCUACGCAGGAAAAAGAUUUUGCUUUGCGUGGUAAAAUCAUGCUGAGUGCGAUAGUUAUACUGUUUGGAGUGGUAAUUUUCUUGGCGAUUCUUCAUCUUUAUGCUAGAUGGUAUCUGCUUCGUUUGCGCCGCCGUGAACUCCAACGCCGCCACCGCCGACGCCGCCGCACUCAUAUUGUUUUCUACGUUGACAACAACCAGCCCAACUCCGCCAACGAUCACGGACUGGAGGCGGAGGUUUUGAAUUCCCUACCGUUGUUUGCUUACUCCUCCAAGACUCAUCCGGAGGGGCUGGAAUGCGCCGUGUGCUUAUCGGAAUUUGAAGAGAAUGAGACCGGCCGGUUUUUACCCAAAUGCAGUCACUCUUUCCACGUAGAGUGUAUUGAUAUGUGGUUUCGGUCACAUUCUACUUGCCCCCUCUGCCGGUCACCCGUUGAACCGGUCACUGAACCGGAGAAGAACUUAGCCGAAACAGUCUUCAGAGUGGAUGAACCGGGUUCGAGUUCCGGCAAUAAUACGGCGUCGAUGGGUGAUCGGACGAAGAGAUUGGAUCUGGUUGGAGUAAGAAUACAGAUACCCAGGACAGAGUUCGAUGGCGAGUUAUCACUGAGUUCACCCGGAUUCAGAUCGCCGGGAACUCGGUUAUUGUCCUUUAAAAGACUCCUCAGCAUGAACAAGAAAUCUCCUAUGGGGACGCCGUGUGGAGUCGGGACGAGCUGUGUGCAGUUGGGAGCCACCGAGUUGGACUUGGAGAGUGGGAGUAAUGAGUUGACUCAGGAGUCAACUGGAUUAGUUACGCCAAGCGAGUCGGCGCAACUUGGAAAAAAGAGUGACGUGUCGUAGAACGACGUUGAAUUUCGAGGAAAACGACAUUCGGCGAUUGUCAGAUAUCUGGUUUUUAGGAAGGUGUUAGUCUCUUAAUUUUGAUUAAUAUUAAAAUUAUACACGCGCAGCGUGCUGGAAUGGGCUUUGUAUAAUAUUUCCAUCGUAACGCUGUCGUUUAUUGACUUGGAAUUUGCGUCCAAAGUUAUUUAUUUUAUUUUUAUUCUUUUAUUACAACUCA